ACACACACACACACACACACACACACACACACACACAGACAGUGUGUCUGGGAGACACUGAGUCACGUCGACAACUCACAUAUAGUCAUUUCAAACCUCGUUUGUUUCUUCAGCAGUCUCAACAUGGACGUCUGCUGGGCCUGCAGCACUUUGAGUCUGCUGUUACAUGUUAUAGGAGCCCUGGGCUCCAGAGACGACGGCUGGUUCAUGAACGUGCAGGCGGAGGUGCGAGCCAUCGAGGGCUACCCGGUGGUGCUACCCUGCACCUUCAGCCAUCCACAGCACUCCCAGCAUUCCUCGCUGCAGGUGCUGUGGCGCCUGGGCCACGGCCAGGGCGCCACCGUGCUGUACCGCUGCACCAGCCGGCCCGGGGCCCCCGCCUGCGAGCCGGGGCCCCAGCAGGACCAACGCUACCGGCUGGAGGGAAACCCAACGGAGCACGACCUUUCGCUGAGGAUCAACAGCGCCAACCUGCAGGACAGCGGGCGCUACUACUGCCGAGUGGAGGUUCAGGGGCGGGAACACGUCAGCUUCGAGGACAAGAUGGGGACCCGGCUGAGAGUGGAGGCUCCUCCUAAGAUCCUGUCUCUGUCCGUGGACGGCAGCGAGCAGUCCGGGUACCGAGCGCUGUGCCAGGUCCAGGGCUCGCCGCUGCCGGACGUCCAGUGGCUCGGCCCGGACGACCUGCUGGAGGGUUCUCCGGUCGUCCCGCUGGCUCAGGGCGCCAUGGCCUACUACCACACGGUCAGCCAGCUGACAGACGUGGAGCCAGGCCACCAGUACACGUGCAGCGCGUCCAACCCGCUGGGCAAGGAGCACGCCACGCUGUACGUCGUGCCGCCACGGCCGCCGCUGCACGCGGCCGGGGCCUCGCCUCCUCUGCUGAUCCUCGUGGCGGUGUCUCUCGGGGCAAAGGUCGUCCUGCUGGGGGGGCUCGGGGUCUGGAUGGUGCAGGGGGGGGCUCUGCGGGGAGUCGGCUGCUGCUGGAAGUAACCUGCUCGGAUAAUCGUUUUUUUCAGCCAUCUCUCUCUAUUCUCUGUCUCUUUUUUGUGCCUUUUUCCACUUCAUCCGAAACCAAAGCUGAAGCUUCUUAAACCUGCAUUUUAUCUAAUUUUCAGCAAGAAAACGU